AAGGUAUCCUUAUCUUGCACCAUGCCAAUGGUCUGGAUUCCAAUCGUCAGCCCAGCUAAGGGGGGCAUUCAAAUUCCAACUGGCUGGUCAGCCUUCGAUCUCCCUCAAAACUCGACCCUCUGUUUCCUUUUCAUUGUCUCUUCUUCUAAUUUCACACUCUAUUACGCUCAUAAGCGGUCUUUUUUUGAGAUCAAUAUUUUCUAAUCAUGCCUCUGUUUCGCCGGGGAUCCGACUGGACCACUGGCGCAGAAUCUGCCCGCUCUGAUGUCUCGCGUGACUCAUACUUUGGCUCGGAGGAUGGAAAGGAAGAUAACCACCGCCCGUCCAUGGAUAGCACCACAUCCACGCUAGUUCGUCGUGCUUCCAGUGAUCUGGAAAGUGGUCGUCGGCGAAGCUCUGCUUCAUUCGAAAAGCCUGGUGACAGCAGUGGCGGAGCAAGCCCUGAUCCUGGCAAAAAGCUUAGCUACCGAGUAAAGGUCAAACGAAUGCGUAAAAGAGGACGUCGAGUUGAGCCAGAUUCUACAGAAUUCAAGACCAGAAUCGAGUUCAUCAUGACCUUUGCCAAAGUGCUCCUCUGUUUCGGCGCACCAUCACAUAGGAUCGAAUCUCAACUCGCCAAUUCAGCUGAGAUGUUGAACCUCGAAAUUGGUUUCGUGCAUCUGCCCAACCUGAUCAUCGUAACCUUCCUCGAUUCUGAAACCCGUCUCUAUCGCACCAAGUUUAUACGCGCUGGCGGACGUGUUUCUCUCACUGCACUGCACAAGAUUCAUCUUCUGUACCGCGAUGUACUUCGCGGCAAAGUCCCGGUUACAACGGCUACACGUCGUCUGCGAGCUGUGAUGAAGGCACGGCCUAUCUAUCCGAUCUGGCUCCGCUGCGUCUUUGCCUUCAUCUGUGCAUCUAUCAUUUGCUCGACUGCCUUCGGUGGCGCCAUCGUCGAUAUGUUCAUUAGUGGUGCCAGUGCCUCAACCCUUCAAUACCUCGGUUUGCGUGCAGCAUCACGCAGUUCCAUCUAUGCUAACGUUUACGAGAUUUCGGUUUCCAUCAUUGUGUCCUUCCUUGCCCGUGCCUUGGGUAGUCUUCGUGCCAACCUCUUCUGCUUUAGCGCUAUAUCUUCGGCUGGAGUGGUGCUCAUUCUUCCAGGGUUCACUGUUUUGAUUAGCGCGCUGGAACUGACCUCCAAGAACAUCGUAUGCGGCUCUGUGAGGAUGGUCUAUGCGAUUAUCUAUACACUCUUCCUAGGAUUCGGUCUCACGAUUGGAUCCGAGUUGUAUCUGGCAAUCAAUAAACACGCAGUCCGAAACAUGGCUCUCAUAGCUUUGGAGGAAUCGGAGAACGCUCAUGGAUCAGUUCUUGCUUUUAAUGAGACACCGGACAUCAAUAUGGUACCUUGGAGGGGCAGCUUCUCAUUUUUGGAUGUUCACGGAUCUGGAAGUCAUAUAAUCAAAGGUUGCUUCAGGAAUCCUUCCUGGCCUUGGUGGAGAUUGCCCUUGCCAUGGUGGUCACUCUUCAUCCUCGUCCCAGUUUAUUCAACUUGCUCCUCGUUGGCCAAUUUACAAGACUGGCGAAGCGUACAACUUCCAAUCAUGGUGCUAUUUUCUUGUAUGGCGUAUGCCGCCAACAGAGGAGCCAAUCAGCUUCUCUCGGAUCGCGGAGAUAUUGUCUCUUCAUUUGGUGCCCUUGUCAUCGGUCUAUGCGGAAAUGUGUAUUCUCGAGUCAUUGGUGGCACCGCUUUCACGUCAAUGGUCACGGGUGUCCUGUUCCUCGUUCCGUCUGCCUUAGGUAAUGGUGGUGGUCUCAUCCAAGCAACCUCGAGUUCUACCCAGGAAUAUUCCAGUGGAUUUUCCCUGGGAGUCCGUAUGAUUCAGGUGGCCAUCGGCGUAACCGUUGGCCUUCUCAUCGCACAGAUUGUUGUUUACACCCUUGGUCGUCGCAAAAAUGCUGCAUUCUUCGCGUUCUAACACAAGAUGUCUCUAGCGAAGCGACUCCAAGAAUACAACGGUGAGAUAAGCUAUUCUAUACAAAGAACAAUGAUAUGAUAUUGCAUAAGAUACGACGGACAGCAGGGAAGACAAACAAAGAAAAAGGAAAACAUAUUAGCCGCUGAACAACUUGUUGAGCUCUUCCAAACGGCGUUGAUGCAUUUCGGCUUUGGUCAAGUUUUGACCCAAGGUCAUAUUAGCCAACUCCGUCUUCUUCUUCUGUACUUCGAGCAGGCGGGCUUCUAUGGAAUUCUCGAUGAUC